GCUCUUGCUUCCGUUUGAGUUACGUUGAAGUAACUUCUCGCUAAAGAAGAUAUUAAGGAGAGGGCUAAAGACUAUUCGGUUUUCUUUUUUAAAUAGAAAGUCUCGACGUAUGAAAUAUUUAGCAAACCACGUACAAAAUAAUUCAAGAUGUGGAUUGUCACUGGUACUAUUGCUGUCUGUCAUAGAGCUAACGGGAGGGGAGGAGAAGGAAUGAAAGGUGAACGGCUUGGUAAAAUGACGAAUUUCGGUUGGAGAAGAAUCGUUGGAGAGAAAGGAUCUGGUAUAUUUUUAAGCAUGGUUCUUAUAACUAUUUGUAUGGCGUGCUUGAGUGCAAAUGCUAGCUUAGAUAAGGAAGAAAUAGCCUUAAAGAGUGUAAAGAAAGCUGAAGCACCGGCAUAUUUUGAAUACGAUGUCAUCCAAGGAGAUAUGCCAGAGCCGGAAGUUCAUAAACCAAAGCCAAGACCAAGAGAUUCUGAAGUUCCUGGAACUUUUAAUAUAUUGAAGCACAAACGUAUUGAAGAUUGUCAGGUUAAAAGUUCCGAGUAUGGUUUAAACGGGUGGUCAAAAUCGUUAGUUCAAGAAGUUAUAGAUCAGAAUUUGCUCUAUUUAGCGGUAUACAAUUUGGAUAUGCGUAACAGAAUUCAUGCUGUCGCCACACUAUUUGAGGAGGAGGUCCCAAAUUUACAUAUUGCCGAUAUUGCUUCUUUUGUUCUAAGCUCACAGAAGGAUAAGGCAAUUCAGUUCGGUUCGACCAUUUUCCACAUGAAAUUCAUCCAUACAGACUGCUAUGCUGCUACCGGAAUCGCUCAAACAAACAAAGGUCAAAACCUCACAAUGUUUGCCGCUGCCGCUCCGAAAUCUGAUAAUGCAGCCUUUAUAGUAAUAGGUAUAACCGACACCUCAUUGGACGAAGGUCAAUGCGAGAGUAGCGUCGCAAGACUAACUGACUGCUUUCCAUUAGAACCCAGUCGACCGCGUAGUUUUGUUGUAGAAGAUGAAUCAAAUGCCUCAUAUACUCCAAUUAUUAGGACGGACUCAAAAACAAAAUGA